GUGAGCUGGUGUCUGGUGGCCGGGGAGGGCUCGAGGCUGGGCGGCUUGGUGGCUAGGCAGCUUGGUGGCUAGGCGCUGGAGCACGGAACGAUAGCAGGCUGGACCUGGGGCAGACAAAAGCAAAAACGUCAAUCAGUGAUGGACAGGAUGAUGCAGGUUAUAUGGAUGUGUCUGUGUGUGAGUUAAAGCACCCUCCACCGCAACUGUGUCCCAUGCCAGAGGGCCUCAGCAGUCAGCAGGUUGUCCGGCGUCUCAUCCUCAGCUCCAUCAUUCAGAGUGAAAGCAGCUACCUGGAGUCACUCAAGAGAAUCCUCCAGGAGUACCAGAUGCCUUUGCUGGAGCCACAGAACUUGACCCUAAACCCCAAGAAGGUGCGUCAAAUCUUUUACCGUCUGCAGGAGAUCCAUCAGUGCCACUCAAUGUUCCAGAUCGCCCUGGCAUCCCGUAUUGCCGAGUGGGAUCACAGCGAGAGGAUCGGAGACCUGUUUGUCGCCUCGUUUUCAAAGUCCAUGGUGCUGAACGUGUACAGUGACUACAUCAACAACUUCACCAACGCCAUGGCAUUGAUCAAGAAAGCCUGCAUGUCUAAACCUGCUUUCCUGGACUUUCUGAAGAAGAAGCAGGCAUCCAGUCCAGACAGAAUCACUCUGUAUGGCCUGAUGGUCAAACCUAUCCAACGCUUUCCUCAGUUCAUUCUACUGCUGCAGGACAUGUUGAAGAAUACUCCAAAGGCCCACACUGACCGGCUGCCCCUGCAGCUGGCUCUCACUGAGCUGGAGACCCUGGCCGAGAAACUCAAUGAGCAGAAGCGUCUGGCAGAUCAGGAGGCUGAGAUCCAGCAGUUAGCACACAGUGUGGGGGGCCGCAGCUUCAACAAGCUGCUGACCUUGGAACAGAGGCAGCUAAUUCAGUGUGAACUGCUCACUGAAAUUGUCUAUGGUGAUAAAGGUCAAGUUCUCAAGUCCAAGCAACGAAAGGUCUUCCUCCUCAACGACACCCUGAUCUGUGCCAAUGUUAACCUGAAGGGUCCCCCUGACAUCAGCAGCCUGGUUCCUGUUGGUCCAAAGUACACAAUGAAGUGGUGUGUCCCCCUACUGCAGACACAGGUGGUGGAGGUGCGACAGGAGGGUCUGCAGAGCAGGGACAAUAUCAUAACAGCUAGACGCCACAGCUCCACCUCCGGCACUUCUGGUAAAGUGUUUCUGGGUCCUCCUAUACUGUACCAAGAGCUGGAGGAGCUUGAGCAUGACUUGGCUGUGGUGGAGAAGGUCUCACAGCUGGUGGGCACACUACAUGGAACCUACCAGAAUCUGAACACCACAGUGUCUAAGGACUGGUGUCUGGCUCUGCAGAGGCUGAUCCGCCUGAAGGAGGAGGAGAUUCAGAAUGCCAACAAAUGUCGUCUGCGUCUCUCUGUACCAGGCAAACCUGACAAGUCUGGGCGUCCAGUAAGCAUCAGUGUCGUCUUCAACACUCCCAGUCCCCUCAGUAAGAUCUCCUGGGUGAACAGUCUUCACCUUGCCAAGAUUGCUCAGGGACAGGAAAACACUCCGGGGUGGGAAUGUGCUGAAGAAGAUGGGAAGAAAAAAGCCUCAUUUAGUUUUCCACUGUUGACCUGCAAACUUCAUGUCUUCAAAACAAACACAGUGAAGCUGGCGGCAGCUCUUCACAGUCCGUCUCAGUCCAGCCUGCUUGGUUUCUGCACUACCAGUACGUCCUUACCGCAGGGAUACCUCUGGGUUGCUGCUGGAGGAGGCAACUUCAACCAUGGCCAAGUGGAGAUCUUCUCCCUGAACCGAACCACUCCUCGUCUGGUCAAGACUGUCCCACUGAGGGCCCCAGUCCUCUGUCUGGACUAUGUGAAGGAGCUGUGUCCCAGCAAAGAGGCGAGAGAGGCUGAGAAGGUCCAGACUGCAGCCAAGAUAGGAAACAUCAUCUGUGUUGGCCUGCAGGAUGGCAGCAUCUAUGUGUACAGCAGUGUGGACACAGCUGUUCAGUGCCUGUUGACCUUGGUGAACCCUGACAGCUGUCCAGUUCUCUGCCUCAAACACUCACUAUCUUUCCUCUUCGCUGGACUGGCCAAUGGCAAAGUAGCUGUGUACCACAGAAAGACUGGCGAGAGACUGUGGGAUGUGGACUCGUGCAGGCUGGUGCCUCUGGGCUCUGAGCCAGUCUGCAGUCUGCUGACACUUGAAGACACUGUAUGGGCCAGCUGUGCCAACCAAGUCACUGUCAUCCAAGGAUCCAGCCUCAACACACAGAGUUUUAAAGCCCACUCUGAUCCAGGCUGCAGUGUUAGCCACAUGGUUCGUUCAGGUGGGGGGGUUUGGAUGGCCUUCACCCAGGGCUCCACCAUUCACCUGUUUCACACAGAGACCUUGGAACCACUACAGGAAGUCAACAUCUCCACCCGCACUGCCCAUCUGACACCAGGUAAAGUUUGUGUCUCUAGCUUACUGAUCUGCCAGGGCCUGCUGUGGGUGGGAACCAGCCAAGGCAUCAUCAUCACCUUCCCUGUGCCCACCCUGGAGGGCAUCCCCAAGAUUACAGGUAAGGGGAUGACGUCUCUAAAUGCUCACUGUGGUCCGGUGGACUUCCUGGUGUCGACCUCCAGCACUCUGGCUUCUGACAUGCUCAGACGGGACUCCAUCCUCAACGGCAGCGAGGAGGGUGCCAGCGGAGGAGGGGGAGGUAAAGGUGAUGGGGUAGGAGAUGAAGGAGGGCAGAGGUUGGAGCAGAGCGGCUACCCCCAGGACUCAGAAGCCCCUCCACAGAGGGAGGAGAAGCCCAAGUGUCUCCUGCUGCAGUAUCGCCUCCACUCUACCUGCCAGCUGCCUGGGAAGCUGCUGACCGCCCAGCCUGAACAGGGGAGCCUCAGGUCUUCCCCUGACUCCCUGGAGCACAGCCCAGAGGAUGGCUCCAUCUAUGAAGUGAGUGAGGACCCUGAUGUGUGGGUUCGGGGGCAGCCCGUGGAGUGGAAAGAGGGGGAGGCCAGGCGCAACAAAGUCACCUCUACAGCCAUCUUCUCUGGUGGCAGAGGAUACCGCAGGAUAGGAAGCUGCUCAGGUUCCGGUGAAAACACAAUGCUGGUGUGGCAGCUUCCGCUCACUCUCAGCCAAUGACAGAUGACAGCAAUCCGUUUCCUCAUUUAAUGUGGUUAUAGGUAAACCAGCUUACUUCUCAAUGUUUCAACUAGACUCAACAUCUGAUCUGCAGUCAAAGGAGCCAAGGACACAUCACCUGUGACACUUCGAUGUUUUUAAUAUCAGUGCUUUGGUUGUGACAGGUGAACACCUUCAGCAAGUAAUGUUAGCAAGCUAACAUGAAAGGUAACAUUACUUUCGAUGCAAAAUAUGCAAGUCAGCAGCUACCUCCACUAAUGUUCAUAAUCAAGAAGACCAACAAUCAUCAGCUCCUUGAAAUUCACUCUUCACACUGGACCUAGUUUGCAUUUCUGCCUGUCGCAUCAUGUCAGACUAGUUUUUAACCUGUUUUUCACAGAUGUGUUGCAUUCUGACCCAGGACCAACGUGUUUUUCAAACAGGCUGUACACAUGGUUUUUGUGCAUCCCUCUCCUGAUUGGAUAUUUAUUACUGCAACACUGUGGGUAAUGUGUUUUUUUAGGGUGAGUGUAGAAGAUCAUUAUUAUUCGCAUCAUUAAGUGAGUAUGAAGUAUGACUCGAGUCAGUCAUCUACAGCUUCCUGAUGUCUUGUCCUCACAGUGAGGUUUCCAUUACUAUCGUCAUCCUUAAAAAGUCUUCAAAGGCAUUGAAUUCAUUAAUUUAACAACAAGGCCUUAAUUGGUAUUAAAAAAAUCUUCUAUCUUCAAUAUCAAUCUUUCAAAGUCUUUUGGAUGGAUGGGGUCGGAUGGAGUUGUGGAGAGGCAGAAGCAUUUAUGAACCCAGGGGUCGAAACUAAGGGUGGGGGCCACGUCUUGAUGAGCUCUGUGCUGCGUAAUCCCCUCAGAGUUCAUAUCAAGUAACAUCUUGUUGUGAGGCGACGGUGCUAGCGGCUGAGCCACUUUGCUGUCCUGCUGAGAGGGAAGAGAGGAGAAUAACAGGGUUUGGGGUUAGGGUUGUGAGAACUGAGACAAACAGGAGAAAGGGUUAGACACACCUAUAUAGGUUACGGCAGGUGGUUGAAGUGAUGAGGCUCAAGUUGUUGAAUUAGUGAGGUGCAGAUGAUUUGAAUUAGGAGAGAGAAGCGUGGUCUUGUUUCUGAACCUUACUUAUAAUAACUUCAUUAAAAUCACCCAGAAAGCCUGCCAACAAAUGCCAGGUAUUUCCCACUUCUGUUCAUUUGGGCAAAAUUGUCCUUACCCCUAACUGAUGUUGGUUCAUGUUUUGUUUUGUUUUUUUUCAUCAAUUUUAGUUGUUGUAAAAUGAUAUGCUGAAUUGGUCUCAGAUUUAUUCCAUUUGACAUUAAAAAAGGCUUAAAGUGUUAAAUCAAACUUGCCUUAAGCUGUAGGUACCCUGAUCGAAUCUGUAUACAAACCAAAACCUGCACUAUAACCAAAGCCACUGCACAGAAGUGCUGGGCAUAUGGAUAAACUGUUGUCAAGAAAUAGUUCCGGCAUGCAACUUUGCCUAAAAUCACAAGUGUUAUCUUUAUAUUUCUGUUUGUGUAUGGAUUCAACAAAAGACAUACAACAUGUUCAUUUAUAAGCUAUGAAGGUGUCAGUAGGUGAACUUUGGACAGAGUCAGGCGAGCUGUUUCCCUCUGCUUCCAGUCUUUAUGCUAAGCUAGGCUAAAAACAGCAUGUGAGCUGCACCAUGUUCUUAGUAAAUAUGUCCCCAAGUCUUUUGCUUCAUGUCAGGUACAAAGUGUCGUUGGAUGUUGGAUGAAAUGUAUUUAGACAGGUACUAUACACUGAGUGAACAUCCUGCUUUGCUGCCAUCUAAACUUUCCAACUUGUUGGAGCUGCUCUUUAAACCUUUGAUGAACACCUUCUGAAGCACUGAGCCUGUGACCCUGGCAACAUUGACCACUUACACAGUAAAACCAGCACUUUUGGUACAACAAACAUCUUGAUGUUAGACCAAGGAAACUCGCUUUUAAGUUUACAGUGAAACAGUGAGUGGAAUGUUGCAAAAAGUUCAACUAAAACUGAACUGCUUAUAAAGUUUCAUUGAAAAAUCUACAUGAGCUCAGUUAUUAUAGAAAUUACAUCAGUUGCGUUUAGUGUUUGUGUUUAAAUGUAUUAUAGUAAUGUCAAUAUUGGUGUGCAUACAAAUGUUAAUCUGCACUAAGACAGGCACCUUAACAUGCUCCUUUCAUAAUCAUGUGCCUACUUGUUUUUGUAAUAUGAAGCGAUAAUGGUACUUACAGUUGGGUUCGAAGGGUUUUUAUUUCUGAUGCAGGACAAUAAUAUAUGUCACCACUGUUGCUGGGUGUCCUUUUUGUGAAACCCAUUUUAGGAGCACUGUGAGGCACAAAAAUUAAAAACUCAAAAAUUAAGUCAGAAUAUUUUCAGGAAAAUGCUGUAAUGUUUUCUAAGUAGUAAUGUAUUCCAGCUUCAUUGCUGUAGCAUUUGGACUUUGUGUCUUAAAAUAUCAUGACCCCACUCUAGGAUGUUAUUUUUUUUUCUAAGGAUGCAUGAUAAUAUCGGCAUGUCAUUGGUACUGGUCGAUAUUGGCUUUAAAUUGAAUUGACUUUAUCAGAAUUGGCAAACAUGCUUUUUCUGAAUUUGCACAAUGAAUGAAUAUUACAUACAUUGAAAAGUAUUUUAUUUCAUGUCUCCAUCUGCUGCUGGGCCAUCACGAUAAAGUUAUGUAUGCAUAAUAUGAUGUUAAUUCCACUACAGAAGAGACUUGAUGAUCACUAAAAUGAGGUAGGGAAAAAAGUGGAUAUAUCAAUAUUGGUAUCCAUUAUUGGUCAAAUGAAUUGUUAUGUAUUGGCAUAUUGGCAAAAAAUCCAAUAUUGUGCUUCCCUAUUUUUUUCUAACAGUGACCCUUACAAAACAGACCAAAAGAUCCAAACCAGACUCAGACACAACUCAACAGAUGAAUUGCUCAUUCUCCUGUAAAACAUUAGUUUGUUUGUGUCAAGAAAUCAAAGUGUGGCAUCACAGGUGAGAAGGGUGAAAAAUCAGAAAUUAGAACUGUUAAAUACUGUGUGUCGAGUCAAACUGGGAGUUUCUACUGUGAGGAAAGGAGAGAGGAGAGAAUUAAAAUUAGUAUAAACGAUUAAAUAAACAAACAAACAAACAAAGAGGAGCCAAGCAGAACCAGUCUGAAACCAGCCUUGCUGCCCGGAGGGGGUCAGCCCUAUGUUCCUACAGCCCAAUGGUCCCACAAGCCCGGUUCUAGGCAGGCAUAUAAGAGGGGGCAGUCAUAAAUGUGAAGGGGGCAUCAUGCUCCAGCACAUUUUUGCCAUAGGUAGAGCUGACAAAUAAAGGUGACUCACUCACUCGCAGGAUGUGGGGACGCUGUGUGAGUGCCCUAUAGAGGGUGUCAAAGCACCGUGGUCUCAAAUGUGCUCGCCGCUUGUUUUGUUGGUGAUAACUGUUUUCUACAUGGAAUUGGGUUGUUGUUAGCUGUGUGUCCAACCCCCAACCUAAAGAAAUGGAUUGCACUUUGUCAGGCCUCUACCCUAAGACAUGUCCAACUUGGGUGUCCCACCCGAAGACUAAGCUCCUGCUGGUAUAGCUCUUAGGGUCACUGAGGCACACAACCCCCCUGACCACAAUAAAGUGGCAAUCCCUCAGAGAGGAAAACUGAAAAAUAAAAUAAACGAAAAAUAAAAUAAAAAUUAAGAAAACAUAAAAUAAAAAUAUCCUUCAUCCAGGCACAACCAACAUCUUAACAUUUAUCUUAUUGGAUGGCCAUUAGGCAUCUAGACAUAUGAAAUAAAUUUGAACCUAAUAAUUACAAUAACCUCACUAUAGCCAGUAUUUACCAAAGCUAGUCUUAUAAAAAAAAACUUCUCAAACUAACAGAACUAACAAACACAACAGAUAGAUAGAUAGAGCAGAACAUUUGAUACUUUUUUGUUUUGUUUUGUUUUUUUGUCUUUUUUUUUUUGUUAGCAAUUUAACAGAUUUCUCUUCACUCCACUCUCCUUUGAGCUGCUGAAAGCUGCAGGAGUGAAAAGUUAAUAAAAGCUUUGUAAAAAUCGCUGUGAUUAUCAAAAAACAGCGUGCAGAACUAGAGGCUGGGUGGGGCUUUAUUUAGGGGUCUGGCACACACAGGGCAUUUGUCCUCAGUAUGUGACAUGCAUCAGGCACUCAUCUCUCGCUGUGCUUGUGUGAUUGAAGAAACGUUCGCACUGACAGGCUCACACUAUAUGCUCACACUGCUAUAUUUACUUUUGUUUUUUGUUGUUAACUAUAUAUUAAGUAUCUCACGAGACACUACAACGAGUUUAACGGAGCUUCACGUUACUGCUGCAUUCUGCCUCACUGAGACUGAGAAACCUGACGCCGAUGCAUCUUGGCUCAUUUGCAUACUAAACAGUGAUUGGGUGUUUACUGGGGGAGGGUCUCUGCCGACUGCAGACAGUAGAUCACACACAGCCAGCACACAGCACGGAGACAGAUGAGAAAACUUUUCUGUUUUGUGCCUUUUUCGGCAGAUUUGAUUUGAGGGGGCAAGAUAUUUGUUUAAGGGGGCAUUGCCCCCUCUUGCCCCUGCGUAGAACCGGCCUCGCCCACAGCCCUAUGUUCCCACAUUUCUAAGAUUUUUCUCAAAAUUAGGCCCUAUGUUCCCACAUUUCUAGGACAUUUUCAAAAUAACUCUUGUGUUCCUACAUUUCCCUUCAAUUUAAGCCCUAUCCUCCAACAAAAUUUUUUGGAAGCACUUUAUAGUAAAUGAAUGAAUGAGUAAUUUUAUUUCGAUCAGCAGCAGCAGAAAUCGUCACAAUCACAAUCAUUACAAGAAAAAAUAUAAUAGGCUGAUCGAAAAAGGUUUCGGCUGAAGCAGAGCUUAUAGAUACCGAACCCUUGUUUUCAUUUCCUUAAGUCAGACAAACAAAACCAGAUAAGUACAAAUACGCAUACGGUAUACACAUGUAAUACAAUCACAUGCUACAUAUAUGCAUACACAGCAAAAACAGAUGUGUUAAAAAUGACACAUUGUGCAGAAUUUUAACACAUGUAGCGAGUGUGCUCAGGGACUACACAUGUUGUGUCAAAUUACACAAUAGAUGUGUGAGCCAUUUUAACACACAAAUUGUGUCAGAUAAUUUAACACACAAAAUGUGUGAUUUCAACACGUUUACACAAUCAAUGUGUGAGCCAUUUUAACACACAAAUUGUGUCAGAUAAUUUAACACACAAAAUGUGUAAUUUCAACACGUUAAAUGUUGAUUAUGUGUAACUGAAAAUGACCAAAAUCUACUACUUAAUGUGUUAAUAUUGCAACCUAAUGUGUUAAACAUGAGGCAUAAAAUUAAAGGGACAAAAAGACAGAUGUGAAAAUGUUAGCCAUUUAAUAAAUGGUCAAAUGUUGACAUGCUAUGGAACAAUGCACAAGUGCACAAAAGUACAUUCACAAUUUAAAAGUAUAACAAAAUGUUUUAAAAUUCAAUUUUAUCAACUCAGCUUACAUAUUCUUAAUGUAAAAUUAUCUAGUAGGUUAUCUGAUUGCAUCACUGAAUUUGAGUAGUGAAUUAUCUGAUUUCCAG